GUUUCAAACCAAACCCGUCGCGCACGACACCACACCACAAAGCGAGGGGCGGACCCGGAGCAAAAAAGACCACCAAAGGCAGGCGUCCUCCGUCCCUCUGUCCUCGCCGUCCCCAACCUCUCGCUGCAAAAAGGUGUGGAAACCUUCGCCUCUCUCCCCCCGUCCAGCUUUCUUCGCGUGAUUCUCCCUGCCCGGUCGCAGAUCGGCGCGGGUUGCUUGUCAUGGCAUCAAAGCGCAUCCUCAAGGAACUGAAGGACCUGCAGAAGGACCCGCCCACAUCAUGCAGCGCAGGUCCUGCUGGUGAGGACAUGUUUCAUUGGCAAGCAACAAUUAUGGGACCCCCUGACAGUCCCUAUGCCGGUGGUGUUUUCUUAGUGAACAUUCAUUUCCCUCCGGAUUACCCCUUCAAGCCACCAAAGGUAUCUUUUAAGACAAAGGUCUUCCAUCCUAAUAUCAACAGCAAUGGAAGCAUAUGCCUUGAUAUUCUUAAGGAGCAGUGGAGCCCUGCUUUGACGAUCUCUAAGGUCUUGCUCUCUAUCUGUUCCCUGCUGACCGAUCCCAACCCGGAUGAUCCCCUUGUUCCCGAGAUUGCCCACAUGUACAAGACGGACCGGUCAAAGUAUGAGACGACAGCCCGCAGCUGGACGCAGAAGUACGCCAUGGGUUGAAGACCUGCAUCGUGGACAACUGAAAUGUCGCUUCAAGAAAAAUAUUUAUGGGCCAUUGUUUCUUCGAUUUGUUGCUGGUUGUGUGUAAUCCAAUCCUCAAGGAUUGUAAAUUGCAUUCGGCGUCGGUCCUAUCAUCAAUUGCCACUAGUAUCGGCAGACAUGCAUGCCUAUCAGCCUAUUCACCUAUGCUUGUUGGGUUAACCUUCAUCAGUGUUGGUGUUAUUUGGUAAAUGUUCAUUAAAACAUGUUUGCUUAA